AAUCCGCGGCCACGCUGUGCUGGCUGCACGCUGCAGGCAACCAGCUGCAAACAGUGGAUCAACGGAGUACUGCAGUGAGCGGAGCCGGUGGAGCCGAGGAGCGCCCGAGCCGCUCGGUAUUCCUCACACAAGGACCCGCUUGAUGGAUCUACUCCAAGGUGGCAAUUGAAUGUGCAGGAAAAGAUUUUGUGUCUUGCAGAGCAGUCAUUUGGAGGAUAAUGACAACCCGUGGGCUUGACUUCAGAUGCGUCUUUGAAACAUCACUAGAAAUCGAGUGAGAGGAGACAAAAACAAAUAGAGUGGAAGAAAGAGAGCAACCCAGUGAAGACCUCCGGCAGACGGCUGAUGGUGGAGCUAUUAUCUCAGGGACGUGCUUUCUGUUUGAGGAUGGAACAAGGGGGAUUUGUCCUUGACUGGGGGAUUACCAGGAGGUGGAGGAAAAACAGAUAAUUUUUUUUUCUUUUUUUUCUGGAAAAUAAACGGUGUAGAUCAGUGCUUUCAAAAGCACAAUGCAAGACACCACUACAAUGACACAAAGAGGAGCUCCGUUCAUGGCCUGCAGAUGAACUGGGACCCCACCACAUGUGCAGUUCAGGGUACCAAUACAGUGUGUGUCCACCUUGUGGAUUUCUUGCGUUUACCUCCACCGCUGACACUAAACAUGAACUAAAUUGUUUCUAAGUAACAAAUCCUACAUGCCUUCUGGGUUAUCUAGUGGUUGUCUUGGUGAUGGAAACGUCAUCAGUCUGAGCCACUGUGGAGAGAUGUCUAACGCUAAAAUGCAAGCACCUGUAGGAAGAGGAUGUAUGAAAGACUAUUUUUCAAAAACCACGACGGUCUACUGCAGACAAAGCGUUCCUGUCUGUUUUUCUUUCCUCUUUAUCCCCAUCUUCCUACUCCUCUUCUCCCUGGUUACACCUGCUCUGUCCAUUCACAUGGAGUCCAUAGAGAGCCACAGCGAGUUUAGCUGUGAGCCCAUCAGACUGAGAAUGUGCCAGGAUCUGCCUUACAACACCACCUUCAUGCCCAAUCUACUGAAUCACUACGACCAGCAAACAGCUGCACUAGCCAUGGAGCCUUUUCAUCCCAUGGUAAACCUGGUGUGCAGCACUGACCUGAGGAUGUUCCUGUGCGCCCUGUACGCUCCGGUGUGCACUGUGUACGGCCAGGUGUCCAUGCCAUGUCGAUCCCUCUGCCAGCGGGCCAAGGAGGAGUGCCACAAACUCAUGGAGAUAUUUGGCGUACCCUGGCCAGAUGACAUGGACUGUAGCAGGUUUCCAGAUUGUGACGAGCCAUAUCCUCGUCCAGAAGACCUGCUGACAGGCUCAGACCCCACUGACCAGUCAUCCAUGACUGUCCAGAGAGACUACGGUUUCUGGUGCCCCAGAGAGCUCAAGGUGGACCCAGACCUGGGUUACACAUUCAUGGGCCGGAAGGACUGUUCUGCCCCAUGCCCCUCAAUGUACUUCAACCACCAGGAGCUGACCUUCAUCCGCUACUUCAUAGGAGUUGUGUCCAUUGUCUGCCUGUCCGCGACACUCUUCACCUUCCUGACGUUUCUCAUUGAUGUUACCAGGUUUCGAUACCCUGAGCGGCCAAUAAUCUUCUACGCUGUGUGUUAUGUGAUGGUGUCACUGGUUUUCUUUCUGGGGUUCCUGCUGGAAGACAGGGUAGCUUGCAAUGCAGUCAGCCCUUCCCAGUUCAGAGCUUCAACCAUAACACAGGGCUCACACAACAAGAUAUGCACGCUGUUCUUCAUGGUCCUGUAUUUCUUCACCAUGGCUGGCAGCGUGUGGUGGGUCAUACUGACGAUCACUUGGUUCCUGGCGGCCGUGCCUAAAUGGGGCAGCGAGGCCAUUGAGAAGAAAGCCCUCCUCUUCCAUGCUGUUGCCUGGGGGCUCCCAGGGGCCCUGACUGUCACCCUGUUGGCCCUGAACAAAAUUGAAGGAGAUGGGAUCAGUGGAGUGUGUUUCAUAGGGCUGUAUGACAUAGAUGCCCUGAGGUGGUUUGUUCUGGCACCACUCUGCCUCAACGUGGCGGUGGGUGUCGCUCUCCUGUUAGUUGGCAUUGUGGCUCUGAACCGGGUACGCAUGGAGAUCCCUCUGGAGAAGGAGAACCAGACCAAACUAGUCAAGUUCAUGAUCCGAAUGGGAGUGUUCUCCGUGCUCUACCUGGUCCCCUUGUUGACUGUGAUUGGGUGCUACCUGUACGAACACACCUACCGCAGUAUUUGGGAGACGACGUGGAUGCAGGAGAACUGCAGGCGCUAUCACAUCCCCUGCCCAUUUAAGGUGGAGCAGACCAACCGGCCAGCCAUGGUUUUGUUCCUGAUUAAAUAUCUGAUGAUGCUGGUGGUGGGGAUCCCCUCCGUUUUCUGGGUGGGCAGCAAGAAGACCUGUUUUGAAUGGGCCAACUUCCUGCAUGGCCGCCGACGCAAAGACAGUGGGGUGAACGAGUCUCGUCAGGUGCUACAGGAGCAGCCAGACUUUGCCCAGUCCCUGCUGCGUGAACCCAACACCCCCAUUAUUAGGAAGUCCAGAGGAACAUCCACUCAGGGCACCUCUACCCACGCCUCUUCCACCCACUUGGCUGUCGUGGACGACCUCGACGAACCACUCAGAACUCACCAUGGCCACCCCGCCUCCACCAGGAGUAAGGCCAGCAGCGUCCACAGCAAGACCAGCUAUCAUGGCAGCCUGCGCCGCACUCGUGACGACAGGAGUGAUACUAUGGUUUACCGAGGUACCGAGGAGCGCAGCUUUCAUGGCAGCAUGCCACGUCUCCACCACCCACUCUCCACUCACAGCAGCCUCCAUCAGAUAGACAGCCACUCGAGGCCUGGCAGCCAGCGAGACGUAUCCGAGGCCCCACCUACCCUCAUCACCCACGGAACAUCGGCAAGCAACAGCCAAGCUGCUGAGAACGAAGCCACCAGCGCCUGAGAAGAGCCGCAAAGUUUAUCAGAAAUGACUGUAAUGAUGCCUUGGCAAACACACACCCGUCUGUAUAGUGUUUUCCUCUACAAAGAUGGAGAAUGUAUCAGUGAGUGCUGUGGUGGUGAUUUUUGGCGUUAGUUCCUUGCUCAUCAUUUGUUAGCAGUGUGGCUAAAGGCUAACACAGUUCAGUCAGUGAACUUUGCUGAUCCCUCCUAGAUUCAGUGAAGAAGAAGAGUCCCUGCAAGCUGGACAAGUUGUUACUUAAUUAUGCGAAUUUACACAGCAGAAGACUCCUGAAUGCUUGACUCAAACCGGCUGAGCCAACAAGAAUAAAUCCAUCUCAGACGUUUGGUGACGUCAGUGAUGCUGACAUUAUUCAGGGAUCAUUUUGUUUGUGUCCAGGUAAACCAGAGCUAGCGCUGGAUAGGAAACGAUGAAAAAAAGGAAAAAAGUCAUCAUACUUUAUGGACAACGACACUUAGAUAAAGUGUUUCUUGGAGGUGUAGGAUUAGAUCCUGGACACCAGUUUGGUCUUGAGAGCAGCAUGAGCAGUCUUAUGGUGGCAUUGGAUGACACACAUGAAUAUUAUUAAAUAUGUGAACACUGCCGAGUAUUGCUUUUGUAACAAUCUUAAAUGGUUUUUCCAUUCUCUCAGUCUUCACUGAGACUUUAUUCACAAUCUGUUUGUUCUGGACUGCAGCUCUUAAUGAAUGAUGUUUAUUUUUGUUCAGAAACCGACAAAUAUGGGCUUAAUGUGAAAUUGUGGACCUCUCUGUGGUUUAGUGAAAUAUUUUUAUACUGUGAAAAUUGUCUGUCUGCUGCUGAAAGCCUCAUUUAGUGUGUUUGUGUGUGU